CCUCACUGUUCAACAAGGGUUGUACAUAGAACAAUGCAGUUCUACACACUGUUGCUGUUGGCAUUGGCUUCGUAUGCCGCAACAGCCAACUACGUACGAGUAUGUUAUCACACCAACUGGUCUCAGUACAGACAAGGGCGUGCCAAAUUCUGGCCUGAGAAUAUCCCUGCAGAUCUUUGUACUCAUUUAAUGUACUCUUUCGCCAAGAUUAACCAAAACAACGAGCUCGCCAUGUACGAGUGGAAUGACGAUAAACUUUAUCCAAGAUUCAAUGCUCUCAAGCAGACAAAUCCACAGCUAAAGACCUUACUGGCAGUUGGAGGAUGGAACCACGAGAACGCCAACAGUCCAUUCUCGCGCAUGGUCAAAACUGCUGCAACAAGAAAGGUCUUCAUUGACUCAGUCAUUCGAGUUUUGAGAMAAUGGGAUUUCGAUGGGUUGGACCUGGAUUGGGAAUACCCCGCAACCCGUGGAGGAUCUCCACCCGAAGACAAGCAAAGGUUUACCAUCCUUUGUCAAGAGCUGCUGAAUGCAUUCAUUGCCGAGGGAAAGUCAUCGGGACGUCCACGACUGUUGCUUACUGCCGCGGUGUCUGCCGGUAAAAAUACCAUCGACAAGGCCUAUGAAGUGGACAAGAUUGCCAAAAUUCUUGACUUGAUCAACCUGAUGGCUUACGACUUGCGAGGGAAGUGGGAAAAGUUCACUGGACAUCAUACAGCACUAGUGGGUCCUCCUGACGAUAUCCUAACUGUUCAGUACGCCACACAGUACUGGAUUGAUAAAGGUACCCCACCCAGUAAAAUCGCCCUUGGCCUUGGCACAUACGGACGAUCAUUCAAGCUGGUUGAUAUGAACAAAAAUGGCAUUGGUGCGCCUGCAAAUGGCAAUCCUCCACGUGGUCAAUACACCAGAGAGUCUGGAUUCCUGUCAUAUUACGAGAUUUGUGAUAUGAUGCCAAAAAUGAAGAUCACAAAAACAGAUGAAAGCGCAGUYAAAGCUCCGUAUGGCUACUUGAAGCAGGAUUGGGCCUCAGUAUGGGUUGGCUAUGACGAUGAGCGCAGUCUUCAGCUGAAAGUUGAACARGUUAUUAAAGCUAAAGGCCUUGCUGGUGCCAUGUUCUGGGCCCUGGAUCUUGAUGACUUUAGCGGCCAGUCUUGUGGAAAGGGUAAUUAUCCAUUGAUGACCGCAGUCAAGAAGUACCUUGGAGGUUAUAGUCCCCCACCCCCACCAACCAAUGGCCCUCAACCACCUCCAACGGACCCACCUGUAGUUACAACCAACGCACCUCCAACUGUUGGUCCUGGCCCCGUGACUCCUGCACCAACCCAGCCUCCAACUGGMGGCAAGUGCGUCGCUAUUCCUCCCUAUAAUGGUGCAGGUAUGGAUGCAUGGUGCGCUGCUAAUUGCGCUGUUGGUAACUGUCCAGCUACACAUUGCAAGUGCUCAUAUUGGCUGACGCCUUAUUUCAAAACUCACUCGACGAGAAGCACGAUGCAGUUCUUCACACUCUUGCUUUUGGCAUUGGCUUCGUAUGCCGCAACAGCCAACUACGUACGAGUAUGCUAUCACACCAACUGGUCUCAGUAUAGGCCAGGCCGUGGCAGGUUCUGGCCUGAGAAUAUCCCUGCAGAUCUUUGUACCCAUUUAAUGUACUCUUUCGCCAAGAUUAACCAAAGAAACGAGCUCGCCAUGUACGAGUGGAAUGACGAUAAACUUUAUCCAAGAUUCAACGCUCUUAAGAAGAAAAAUCCACAGUUAAAGACCUUACUGGCAGUUGGAGGAUGGAACCACGAGAACGCCAACAGCCCAUUCUCGCGCAUGGUCAAAACUGCUGCAACAAGAAAAGUCUUCAUUGACUCAGUCAUUCGAGUUUUGAGAAAAUGGGAUUUCGAUGGGUUGGACCUGGAUUGGGAAUACCCCGCAACCCGUGGAGGAUCUCCACCCGAAGACAAGCAAAGGUUUACCAUCCUUUGUCAAGAGCUGCUGAAUGCAUUCAUUGCCGAGGGAAAGUCAUCGGGACGUCCACGACUGUUGCUCACUGCCGCGGUGUCUGCCGGUAAGAAGACCAUCGACAAGGCCUACGAAGUGAGCAAAAUUGGACAAAUUCUUGACUUGAUCAACCUUAUGGCUUACGACCUGCGAGGACAGUGGGAGAGUCRCACUGGACAUCACACAGCUCUGGUUGGGCCUCCGGGAGAAAUCUUGACAGUGAAGUUUGCUACACAGUACUGGAUUGAUAAAGGUGCUCCACCCAGUAAGAUCGUCCUCGGCCUUGGUACAUAUGGUAGAGCUUUUAAACUCAAAGAAGCUAAAAAUCAUGGGCUUGGUGCACCAAAAGCUGAUUGGAUGAAGGCUAAAARGGGUAAAUACACUAGGGAAUCUGGAUUUCUGUCAUAUUACGAGAUAUGUGAUGAUAUCCGCGCAGGMAUGAAAGUCGUUAAAAGUGAUGAAAACAAGGUAAAGGCACCUUACGGCUACUUAAAUACCGACUGGGUUGGCUACGAUGACGAGCGCAGUCUUCAGCUGAAAUUUGAAGAAGUUAUUAAAGCUAAAGGCCUUGCUGGUGCCAUGUUCUGGGCCCUGGAUCUUGAUGACUUUAGUGGCCAAUCUUGUGGAAAGGGUAAUUAUCCACUGAUGAACGCGGUCAAGAAGUACCUUGGAGGUUAUGUUCCUCCAAACCCACCUCCUUCGCCUCCAACACCUGCACCUCCUACAGGCAAUCCUCCUCCACCUCCUCCUCCACCAACUCCUCCACCUCCAACACCUGCACCACCUACAGGCAAUCCUCCUCCACCUCCUCCUCCACCUCCACCUCCAACUGAGCCUCCAGUGCCUGGUGGUUGUGUUUCAGUCCCUCCCUAUGCCUCCUCAGGAAUGGAUAACUGGUGUGUCAACAACUGUGCUGUGGGCUAUUGUCCUGCUUCACACUGCAAGUGCUCAUAAUAACAACGAUUGUAAUGAUGAUGUAUCGUUUGAAAUAAAUCCUUGGUUCUGGA